AUGAAUGUCGGACUGGGUACUGGGUCCACGGCUUCUUUUGCAGUACGGCGGCUGGCGGAGAGAAUUCAACAAGGGGAACUGACAAACAUCAGCUGCGUCUCGACGAGCGAAGAAACACGAAAGCUGGCGGAAUCUCUGGGAAUUUCUGUUUUUCCUCUCGACGGAAUUUCUCUCCCACUUGACGUCGCGAUAGAUGGGGCGGAUGAGGUGCUGAAGACAGACACCGAGUUGGUGCUGAUCAAGGGCCGCGGCGGCGCUCUGCUGCGGGAGAAGCUGGUGGAAGUCCAGAGCAAGAGCUUUGUCUGUAUUGUUGAUGAAGACAAACUCGUGACAGAAAAUAAUUUUGGCACGACAGGAGCAGUGCCUCUGGAGAUUGUGAAGUUUGGGGCGCAGACAACGAGACGGGCGGUGCUUGCUGCUGUUGUUGCUGCAUUGAUGGAGGGGGGCCCCCAGGGGGCCCCCUUGGGGGCCCCCUUGGGGGCCCCCCAGGCAGACCCAGAGAAAGCUGCACAAGAACUUGGCGUAUCUGCGGUGUACAGACACCUCAAAGGCAGCAAUGAAUUGUUUGUAUCAGAUAACGGAAACUUAUGUCUCGACCUUUUCUUUAAAAACCCAAUUAAGGACCCCAGAAAGCUGCAUGAAAAACUUAUACAUGUUGUCGGUGUUGUGGAGACGGGCUUCUUCAUUGGCCUCAGCAACCUCUGCAUAGUUGGCCGGCCUGGGGGCACUACAACGCGGCUAGCUAUCUCACAAUGA